AUGUUAGUUCCGUUGAGUGCUGAGCCUCCGCCAGCAAUCCCGGAGGUGGUAAAAACCAAGCACAUAUAUGGCUGGUAUCUGGUGAUGCUGCUGCUGAUUGGCCUCGCUAUGGCCCAGGUUGUAGCGGGAGAUGCGUUUGCUGGUAUCAUCUUUCUGGUUAUGGCCGGCUUUGUGGUGUAUUUAGUGCAAGAGGCUUGCAAGAAUAUGACUAUGUAUUGCCUCUUCAUGCUGGGCCUCAUGGCAAGCUUUCAAUGCUUCUUUGAUAUGCUGGCCCUCGUCAGCGUUGUUGGUGGUCGAGAAACCUCAGUCUCAUCAGUGCAGGGCACAGAGGAUAAUGUCACUGUUAUAACCAGAAUCACGGAGCACCCCUUUUUUGACAAGUCGAUGGGACAGCAAUAUAACACCCAAUCAGCUGUCUUACUGGCAAGCCCACUCGUGAUGUCAACGUUGGCUUCAAUGUGCUAUUUGUCCUACAAUGCCUUCUCAGAGUCGCUCUUCAACCAGGAUGAUGAAUCCGGACCGAUCUAUGAAGGCUGGGGCCAAGGUUCUGCGCGCACCUAUGGUGCACCAGCAGCUGGGGACAGGAGCAUGAAUCAGCCGUCGCCACCCCGGCUCUUUGAGGGCCACGGACAUCGACUAAGCAACUGA